AUGGCCUUGGCAUCCUUGUUCUUAUUUCCAGAUAAAGCAGUUAGCAUGAAUUCGACAGCGAAAAACCAUGUCAAGGGCAUUAUAGGAGCCAUUGUUGAUUUGAGUUCUCGCAAGGGUCAAGAAGCAAAAGUGGCCAUAGAUAUGGCAAUAGAUGAUUUCAACCACCACACCAAUCAAAAAUUGAUUUUGCAUGUAAUGAACUCUCAUGGAGAAACCAUCCGGGCAGCUUUUGCUGCUAAUGAUCUUAUCAACAAGGAGGUAGUGCAAGCCAUUUUGGGGCCACAGACAUGGGAAGAAGCAUCAACAGUUGCAGAGAGUUGUAGCCUAAAUUCUCAUACAAUUCCCAUUCUUUCUCUAGCUGAUGCUACUCCACCAUGUGCAACGAGGCGUUGGCCCUUCCUAAUUCAAGCCUCACCGAGCCAUCACGCGCAAAUGAAAGCUGUGGCUGCUGUUGUUCAGUCAUGGGGAUGGCAUAAGGUCAUUGUUAUAUUUGAGGACACUGAUUCUACUGCCAAUGGAUUAAUUCAUCUCUCUGAUGCCCUCCGCGAAAAUGGUGCAGAAAUAAGCCAUUUCGUAGCACUCUCACCUUUCAACGCGCUGUCUGAUGAUCUUGAGAAGCUUAAAAAAGGGCAAUGUCGAGUCUUUGUGGUCCAUUCUUCCUUGCCCUUGGCUCUUCGUUUAUUUGAGGCCGCGAAGGAGAUGAAGAUGAUGGAAAAAGAUUAUGUGUGGAUCACUACAGACUCCACAACAAGUCUUGUCCAUUACAUUAACCAUUCUUCCAUUUAUUCCAUGCUAGGGGUUGUAGGCAUCAGGAGCUAUUUCCCAGAUCCCCGGACACAUUUACAUGAUUUCUACCUGAAAUUUCGUAAAAAGUUUGCUUUGGAGCAUCCAGAAGAAGAAAAUCAUGAACCCGGGAUUUUCGCGCUGCAGGCUUAUGAUGCCACUAAAGCAGUGGCUUCAGCAAUUGAGGAAGGAGACAGAGAAGGCCAACAUUUGUUAGAAAAAUUUUCAUCAAGUGACUUCAAAGGCUUAACUGGUAAUGUGAAAUUUGUUGAGAGAAAAUUAGCCCCAGCACAAGUGUUUCAGAUUGUCAAUGUGAUUGGAAGGAGUCAUAGAGAACAUGGGUUCUGGACCGACGAAAAAGGCUUCUCGGAGACUAUUGAUGAAAAGGCUACCUACAGUCCUUCCAUGGAAAAAUUGGGGCUAGUGAUGUGGCCUGGGGGACCUUGGUAUACUCCAAAAGGGUGGACUCUUCCAACCAUGGCCAAGCCAUUAAGAAUAGGCGUGCCAAACGGAUCCUUAACCAACCACUUUGUGAAUGUUCAAUAUGAUCCUUCUACAAAUAAUUACUCCUUCAAUGGAUUUUCAAUCGAAGUGUUCAAGAAAACCGUGAAACGAUUACCAUACUAUUUGCCAUAUGAGUUCAUUCCAUGGGACGGCAAUCACACUUCUUUGGUGGAACAAGUUCAUCUAAAGAACUUUGAUGCAGCCGUUGGAGACAUAGCAAUUAUUUACAGCAGAUACAAAUAUGUUGAAUUCACACAUCCUCAUACAGAAUCAGGAUUGGUGAUGGUAGUCCCGGUUCAGUCACAAUCGAGCAAUAAGACUUGGCUAUUCACAAAGCCAUUCACAAAAUCCAUGUGGGUUCUUACAGCAGUCAUAAAUCUCUACAAUGGCUUCGUCAUAUGGAUGAUAGAGCGGAAUCACUGCCCUGAGCUCAAAGGCUCAACACUGAAUCAACUAGGAAUCUUGCUCUGGUUUGCUUUUGCCACAUCCUUCUCUUUACAAGGUAACACAUCAAACAUCUCGCCUUUUCACUUUAGAAGGUAA